ACGGUACAACACUACUUGUCACGUUUGCUAUCAGCUAUCGACGUAUCGCUGAUUUCGCUGAAAAUUAUAUUUUGUUUUAAAAAUAUUGGCUACAAUUAUAUAAUAAACACCUAUGUUAAUCUAAAGUGAGGUGCAGUGGUGACCAUGUCGGACUCGGAGGCCAGUGUUUAUUCGGGCAGCGGUUCAGACGCGGGCAGUGUUGCAUCGAAUCGGUCAAGACGAAGCGCUGCUUCCAACCGUUCUGCUAGGUCGGCCUCUCGCUCCCGAUCGCGAUCGCAGUCAGGAAGCCGAGCCAGUCGGAGCCGAAGCCCCUCAAGAUCACCCUCCAGGUCGCGAUCUCGAUCCCGAUCCAAAUCCAAAUCUCGGUCGCGAUCUCGCUCCAGGAGUGGCUCUGUUGCAUCCAACACCAGUCGCAACAAAGAUGAUGAAGCAAAAGAAGCCUCAGCCGAUGAGGAAGUCGAGGAUGAACAAGAGCCGGAAGGUGAAGACCUGGUGGACUCGGAGGAGUAUGAUGAGGACGAGGAGGAGGAGCGCAGGAGGAAGAAGCGCAAGAAAGACAGCCGAUAUGGAGGCUUCAUUAUUGAUGAGGCUGAGGUUGACGAUGAAGUUGACGAAGAUGACGAGUGGGAGGAAGGUGCUCAGGAAAUGGGCAUUGUGGGCAAUGAAGUUGAUGAAAUUGGUCCCACUGCUAGAGAAAUAGAAGGACGACGCAGAGGAACUAACCUCUGGGACUCACAGAAAGAAGAAGAAAUUGAAGAAUAUCUGAGGAAUAAGUAUGCAGAUGAAUCCGCUGCGCUUAGGCAUUUUGGCGAAGGUGGAGAGGAAAUGUCUGAUGAAAUCACGCAACAAACCCUACUCCCAGGCAUUAAAGACCCCAAUUUAUGGAUGGUUAAAUGCAGAAUUGGAGAAGAAAAAUCUACAGUGUUACUUCUUAUGAGAAAGUACAUAACGUACCAGAACUCACCAGAACCGUUCCAAAUCAAAUCAGUUGUAGCACCAGAGGGGGUUAAAGGCUACAUUUAUAUUGAAGCAUACAAACAGACGCAUGUUAAAGCUAUUAUUGAAAAUGUUGGGAAUCUAAGAAUGGGGAUAUGGAAACAAGAGAUGGUACCUAUUAAAGAAAUGACAGACGUUUUAAGAGUAGUUAAAGAACAGUCAGGUUUGAAACCAAAGCAAUGGGUCAGACUAAAGAGAGGACUUUACAAAGAUGAUAUCGCCCAAGUUGACUAUGUGGAUUUAGCACAAAAUCAAGUACAUUUGAAAUUAUUACCUAGAAUUGAUUACACAAGGCUGAGAGGAGCUCUAAGAACUGUUCAAAGUGAAAGUGAAGCAGCUAAACGUAAGAAGAAGCGUAGGCCGGCCGCGAAGCCGUUUGACCCUGAGGCUAUUAGAGCUAUCGGCGGUGAAGUCACUUCUGAUGGUGACUUCUUAAUAUUUGAAGGCAAUAGAUACUCCAGAAAAGGUUUUUUGUAUAAGAACUUUACAAUGUCAGCAAUUUUAGCUGAAGGAGUUAAACCUACUUUGACAGAGCUAGAGAGGUUUGAGGAACAACCGGAAGGGAUUGAUAUUGAACUCGCGGCUCCCGCUAAAGAUGAUCCCACAAGCUUGCACUCAUUCUCCAUGGGUGAUAAUGUUGAAGUAUGUUCCGGUGAUCUGGCCAACUUACAAGCGAGAAUUAUCGCCAUCGAUGGAUCUAUGAUCACUGUUAUGCCAAAACACGAUGCUUUAAAAGACCCUCUCGUCUUCAAACCAAAUGAAUUAAGGAAGUACUUCAAGCAGGGUGAUCACGUUAAAGUUUUAGCGGGUAGAUAUGAAGGCGAUACAGGUUUAAUAGUCCGAGUUGAACCUCACAGAGUUGUGCUGGUUUCUGAUUUAACUAUGCACGAAUUAGAGGUUUUGCCGAGAGAUUUACAAUUAUGUUCGGAUAUGGCAACGGGAGUAGAUUCUCUGGGACAGUUCCAAUGGGGCGACAUGGUGCAACUCGAUCCCCAAACAGUUGGAGUGAUCGUUCGAUUAGAAAAAGAAAAUUUCCACGUUCUCGGCAUGCAGGGAAAAGUUAUCGAAUGUAAACCGCAAGCGUUACAAAAACGUCGUGAAAAUCGCUUCACGAUGGCUUUAGACUCCGAGCAAAAUACUAUACAGAAGAAAGACAUAGUGAAAGUCAUAGAUGGGCCUCACGCAGGCCGUGAAGGGGAGAUAAAACAUUUAUAUAGAAACUUUGCGUUUUUGCAGUCAAGAAUGUACUUGGAUAAUGGUGGAAUUUUCGUUUGUAAGACGCGUCAUUUGCAACUGGCUGGAGGUGCCAAGAAUAAUGCGACUACUAAUGGUUUGGCUUUAGGGUUCAUGUCGCCGAGGAUACAGUCGCCGAUGCAUCCUUCGGGAAGAGGGACACCCAGGGGUCGCGGGAGAGGGGGUAGAGGGGGGAUGGUCGCUCGUGAUCGGGAGUUCAUCGGGCAAACCAUCAAGAUCACCGGUGGGCCGUACAAGGGCAACGUGGGGAUAGUGCGGGACGCGAACGUCAGUACGGCGAGGGUGGAACUGCAUACGGCGUGUCAGACGAUAUCGGUGGACCGAGGGCACAUCGCCGCCGCCGGAGGCCCCACUGGAGCCGUGAGGGGAGGCGCUUCCAGCUAUGGUCGCACCCCCAACCCUCGUGCGGGUGCAAACACGCCCACAUACCGCGAGGCAGGCUUCAAAACGCCGCUCCAAGGCGCAGCCACUCCUGUCUACGAAGCAGGGAGUCGGACUCCUCACUACGGUGCCUCCACGCCGGCGCACGAUGGCAGCCGAACCCCAGCGCAUCCCGCGUGGGAUGCAGCCGCCCACACCCCACGCCCAGACUUGGACAUGGGGCUGGGUUUGCCUGGCUCGCCGCCGGCCUACGACUCUGCAUACUCACAGGGUCCGUUCACACCUCAGACGCCGGGCACGAUGUACGGCUCGGACCACACGUACAGCCCGUACCGGCCCAGCCCCAGCCCCGGCACGUACGGGCCCGGCUAUCUGGGCACGCCGAGCCCCGCGCCCUACUCGCCGCGCUCGCCCUACACCGCCGACGAGGACGCGGACUGGCACACGCCGGAUUUAGAGGUCCGCGUGCGCGCAAACGCAGAGCCAUCCCUGCGCGGUCAGACGGGUGCCUUACGAGGAGUGUCGGGUACAUCGUGCACCGUGCUGCUGUCGCAGGAGGACCGCGUCCUCAACAUCCCCUCGCAUCUGUUGGAGCCCGUCGUGCCGCAGAGCGGGGACCGCGUCAAGGUGAUAGCAGGAGAGGACCGCGAGGCGGUGGGACAACUGAUCUCCAUCGAGAACCAGGAAGGGCUCGUCAAGUUCGGCACCGAUGACAUCAAGAUCAUGCAGCUGCGGCACCUCUGCAAGAUGGCCGCCGCUUAGAGUACAUAUGCCUCUAGGCUCUAACAGCGGAUAUGAUCACAUGUACGUAUACAUUGAACGACAAAGAUGAACGCGACGGAACCCGAACAAAUUAAAAACUAAACUCUAUCCACGAAAAGAAAUUACUGUAGAUGUAGUUGGUGACUUAAAACGUCACUGAGAUUUUUGUCUUUGUCAUUUGUAUUCGAUUACCGAACAAAGAGAGCGCUAUACUAACUUCGUUUCGUGGAUAGAGUACCUAUAUAACUAAAACCUACUAUGACUAGACGUACUCUGUGAAAUAAAUAAAAUUAAACUAAAAAUGGUUGAUAAAAAUUAUGAAAUAAAUUGAAAUUAAAUUAAUUUAUUUAUUUCAUGUGUCUAUGACUGCAUGAGCCACUUAUUUUACUUAAAGAUUACCAUUCACUUGAUCAUUUAAAAACUGUACGAUUGACUAAUAGUAUAACGAAAAUCAUGGUAAAACUAACGGUUUCUUGCCCUCUGCGGACAAUAGUCCUUCGUCUGCGCAGACCUUAAAUUCCACAAUACUACUUAUAAGACGCGUUAUUCAGAACAAACAUUGCGGGCUGCAACUCGUUUUUAACCGACUUCCAAAAAAGGAGGAGGUUCUCAAUUCGUCGGAAUCUUUUUUUUUUCUUCUAACUUCAUCUCCAGUGUCAUAUUUUUUGACAGCUUCAUAGAACACAGUUUUCCUUUGAUCUCUUCUUCUUGAGGUCUUUCUGUAAUGGUUCGGCUCCACUAUAGGGAUUCGUUUCCCGUUCUGUGAGCAGUACAACCAAUCAUGUGCAGGUCCCUCUCUUCGUUGGGAAGAGAGGGGACCGUUACGUAAAACGAAAUGUAGGUACUUGUAUAAUUGUCUGCACAGAUAAAGGACUUGUCCGCGGAGGACAAAAAUAUGUCACUAAGAAAUUCAUCGUAUAACGCAUACGAUGGACUAAUAGCACGGCGUUACAUCUUACUACAACAUGAGGGACUUUUGUCCUUCGUGUACAACAGUCCCUUAUCUGCGCAGGUCCUUAGGGUCUAAAAAUCAACUUUUACUACGAUCUUUCUCCUUACUAAUAGUCCAUCUCGUGUGAGUUAUGCAGUUCUUUGUGAUUCAUUUUUGUCCUCCGCUGAUAAUAAUAGUGCGUCGUCCUCGUCUGCGCAACCCGUAAAGAAUCUAAAAUAUUCCGAUUUUAUAGUAAUUACUAAUUACAAACGGAUCUCAUAAGUCCUUGAAAGCAUUAUUUAGACAUUAAUGAUUUUAGACAUUGGAGGUAUUGCAUGAUUUGAUAUUUGUACAUGUUUCUCAGUUCAUUGUUGUUACAGAGUUUAUUUUAUCCUUGAGUCAUCAAUGAAUAACCACAUACAUAGUUUAUGUGCAAGUGUUCUUUUAUCCAAAUAAAACCUAUUUUAAAAAUUACAAUUUA